UGAAAGCAUCGGUGUGUUGUUGUUCUUGUCAUCAUUUUAUUAUUCAAUAACAAGAAACAUCUCGAGUUAUAGACGACUGGUCGAUAGCGAUAUUAUCGUCAACCUCAUAAUAAUCGUUUAAGAAUAUUGUACACAUAAUCUGCUAUGGCUUCAGUUUCCAAAAUCAUCUAUUUAAUUUCCAUACUUGUUGCAAUAAUAUGCAUAGCUGUAUCCAUUGGCAUAAGUCCAGCGUGGACUGCGGAUGCAAAUAACACACCACUGAAAGCGAACGGGGGUCUCAGUGUAGCUGGAUUGGUCCUGUUAGUAAUUGCUGCGAUACUUGCAAUUGUUUUGAUUUGCAGGGAUUAUUCAAGGACUAUAGUGAUUGUCAUUAUCGUUUUAUUAGUUUUAGCCUUAAUAUGCUUUAUUGCUGCGUUGGCUGUUUAUGGUCAAGGAGUGAACUGGCAAGCUUGGCUUCUAUCAGCUAUGUGGGUGACAUUUAUUUGCAUUCUUAUAGCAAUCAUGUUCUUAUUGAUUGAUGAUGAUUAAGUUUUGUGUUAUUAUCAUGUUCUGAGACUUCAACAGUGAAAAAGGAAGGGAAUUAUGAUAGCAAUUAUGAUAUCUCUUCAAAAAACUGUGCACCUUCAAAAAAACUACAUUUAUUUAUACAAGAACAAGUGGAUUCAUUUCUUAAGGUACUAUUUUCUUUCCUUCUUAUUCACUUUCUUUGCUCACUUAGACCCACUAAAUGCAUUACAGCCUGUUUAUCAGCUCUUUGAUUUAUUUUAAAUUCUAUCGGGUGUUUCGCUUCAUUUCUUCUGAACUUGCCUUUUUGAAGUUUAAGUGGUUUCAAUAUUUAUUAUGCUACUAAUUUCACUGAGAAUGGCAGGUCAGAAUAUUUCCCAUAUCUGGGUGUCUGUGCCUUCGAAAAGUGGUAUACCUUAUCAUUAAAUGUUGAUUAAUAAAAUGUGAUUAUGUUGCAACUACGAUUCCCAAAUGUUCCUUUUACUCUUAUCCUUUUGUUUGUGUAUAAU